UGGUGUCUACCGCUGGUCUCUCCAAGCUUGUAUCCUUGUGGCUUGAGAGUGUUGUAUGUGUGUGUGGAUCAGUGAGUUGAAACCUACAGAAAAAUCUCUAGCAGUGUUUGGUUUGACAAAACAGUGCUUUAGCAUUAGUGGUUUGUGGUAAGCAAUGGCUGCUUUUAAGUUGGAUUUCCUCCCAGAAAUGAUGGUGGAUCAUUGCUCCUUGAAUGUCAGCCCUCUCUCAAAGAAAAUGAAUGGCACACUGGAUCACCCUGACCAACCAGACAUUGAUGCCAUCAAGAUGUUUGUGGGUCAGGUCCCUCGAAGUUGGUCUGAGAAGGAUCUACGGGAACUAUUUGAACAGUAUGGUGCCGUCUAUGAAAUUAAUGUCCUGCGGGACAGGAGCCAAAACCCUCCUCAGAGUAAAGGGUGCUGUUUUGUUACAUUUUAUACCCGUAAAGCUGCACUAGAAGCACAGAAUGCUCUUCAUAACAUGAAGAUUCUCCCAGGGAUGCACCAUCCUAUCCAAAUGAAGCCAGCUGACAGUGAAAAGAAUAAUGCCGUGGAAGAUAGAAAACUGUUCAUUGGGAUGAUCUCAAAGAAGUGCAAUGAAAAUGAUAUCCGAGUGAUGUUUUCCCCAUUUGGACAGAUUGAAGAAUGCAGAAUUUUACGGGGUCCAGACGGCUUAAGUCGAGGUUGUGCUUUUGUAACUUUUACAAUGAGAGGUAUGGCACAAACAGCAAUCAAAGCAAUGCACCAAGCGCAGACCAUGGAGGGCUGCUCUUCUCCCAUCGUAGUGAAAUUUGCGGAUACCCAGAAAGACAAAGAACAAAAACGAAUUGCACAACAGCUCCAGCAGCAGAUGCAGCAAAUCAGUGCUGCCUCCGUUUGGGGAAACCUAGCUGGAUUGAACACACUUGGACCCCAGUACUUAGCACUUUAUUUACAGCUCCUUCAGCAGACAGCAGCCGCCUCCUCUGGAAAUCUGAACACACUGGGCAGCCUCCACCCAAUGGGAGGACUGAAUGCGAUGCAGUUACAGAACCUAGCAGCACUUGCAGCUGCAGCAACUGCUGCUCAGAAUACGCCCAGUGGUACCACUGCACUCAAUUCUUCCAACAGUCCUCUCAGUGUACUCACCAGUUCAGCAGGUUCAUCCCCCAGUUCCAAUAGCAGUUCAUCUGUUAACCCAAUGGCUUCGCUUGGAGCACUGCAAACACUAGCAGGGGCUACUGCAGGUCUCAACGUUGGCUCUUUAGCAGGAAUGGCAGCCUUAAAUGGUGGACUGGGCAGUAGUGGCCUUUCAAAUGGCACAGGCAGCACAAUGGAGGCCCUAUCUCAGGCCUACUCUGGGAUUCAGCAGUAUGCUGCUGCUGCAUUGCCCACACUCUAUAACCAGAGUCUGUUAACACAGCAGAGUAUUGGUGCAGCAGGAAGUCAAAAGGAAGGUCCAGAGGGAGCCAAUCUUUUCAUCUACCACCUCCCCCAGGAGUUUGGGGACCAAGACCUGCUUCAGAUGUUCAUGCCAUUUGGAAAUGUUGUCUCUGCCAAGGUUUUCAUUGACAAGCAGACCAAUCUGAGCAAGUGCUUUGGCUUUGUAAGUUAUGACAAUCCAGUCUCUGCACAGGCUGCCAUCCAGUCAAUGAAUGGAUUUCAAAUUGGCAUGAAACGACUGAAAGUACAGCUCAAGCGCUCUAAGAAUGACAGCAAGCCAUACUGAGCACCCCUCCCCUCUGGAACUGGAGUGAGAAGGAUCUUCUGACUCAGCUACAGCCUCUACUGGGAAUUCUUCUUCGGAUGGAGGACAAGUUUGUGCUUUUGUUUCCAGUGUUUUACUUUGGAGUUUAGGUGCCAUAUUGGUGAUCUUUUUAAGUUUGCCGUGUUGUAACCAGUGUGUGUUGAGAAGGACCAAUGCCAGCCACUGGGGCAGGGGGUACAGAAGGGAAGGUAGUAGAUGCAUUCUGAACUGACACUGCAUGACUCUGACACAAAGAGAAAGGUCCCCAAGUAACAUUGAUUAAAUGGGUUGAGGAGGGAUCCACAAUACUUGGUGGUUAGGAAACAGGCCAUCUUCCCUCUCCAUCCACCGGAGUCUUUGCAGGCUCUUAGUUUCCCCGAUGCCUUAUGGAAGGGGUUCAUUCUGACAGUCUCUGGAAAGGGAGAAAAGUAGUUGGGCAAAAAUAUUCACAUGUUCAAGGAAAACUGCAGUAACUAUAAUACUGUCAUGUUUGUAUAGGCCAGUGGGUAUGGUGGUAGCUUACAGAAUGAUCCAGUGAUGUCCUUUUAUCAGAUGUUUACCAUCCAGCGAAAAUUAAAAUUUAUAGCCAAUUUCUCACUGUUAUGCCUUGUUUGAUGAAAACUAGGCUUGACUCAAGAGAGUUUAAUGCAGAGACAUAAAGCUUUGUAAGUGAGGAACUCCUGGCUUUAAUUCAUUUACUGCUUCACAUUUUGAAUGUUGUAAUCAAAUUUCUACUUUAUUUCCACCCGAGUUUCACAGCUUGUACAUACAAAAUGAUCGUAGAAUCAGUAUUCAAAAGCACAAUUUACAACCCCCUUAGAACUGAACUGGCAGAUGUCUUUUAGAAGUCUUGUUGCUCUGAUUGCUGACAUUCUUCUUGCUGCAUCUGAAAGCUGAGAUGUCCUAAAUCUAAUUGUCCCAAAGGUCAAUGUUUAAUUUAUUUUCAUAUACCAUUAUUGAUCUGCAGUUCUCCUUUGAGUAUAGGUGCUAAUAUACAACUGAAAGGGCUACACAUGAAUGCUGAGUUCGCACAGAAUCUUGAUGACCUUCCUUUCUUACAGUGUUUGCAGCCCAAUACAUACACAACUCAGUCAAAAUUCUUUCCCCUCUAAUUCACACCUACUAUUCCACACACUUGUGGAUUUGCCAAAGUGUUAAAGUGUUUGUGUGUGUUUUUGUACACAAUGAUGAAUUGGGACUAAAGGGAACUUUGACAUUCUGGCCUGAGCCAUGGUAGGAAGUCACUAUCGCACUUAUCCCUGGAGCCACAAAAAUCCACCCUUUUCAGUGGGAAAGUUUACGGUGUUUUGUAUAGAUUUAGUUUGCUCCUUCUUCCUCAAUUAUUCUCUUCUAUGUGCUCGCAUUUGGUGAGUGUGUUUUUUCACAGUGCACCAACCAAUCCUGUAACUCUCGGGAAUCAGAUGUUGAGAAGAUUUGCCUGUGAGGAGAAGAGAGCAGAUUUUAAAAAUGGCUUCCUGCCCACUCCCAUCAGGAGGAGCCUAAAGGCCCAUCAAGCCUGAAAUGCAUUGUUAAAAUGUGUCAGGCACUGUGUGGCUCGCUACUAGGACUGGGCAUAACCAGGGACUGGGUCCCCUGGUAUAAGGCCAUCCAUCUCAGGUCCAAGUUAUUUUUUUUCUAGUAAAUCUGGAAGUAUUGUUGGUGAAUACUGUUCUGUAACCUUGUUGGACUGAUGGUAAAAAUUCAACUGUCAGUAUUAUAAAGUGUACAUAGGGGUGGCAGAGGUUGAAUGGUCAGAUUGCCAAAUUUCCCAUUUAUGCUGGCAUGUGGUACCCUUUUGUGUUAAUUAUUUGGGUCUAUUCAGAAGUAUAUGCAUAUGCUUAGAUGAACUGUAUACAUUUGAAUUUUGUGCACUAGAAAAAGUGUGUCCUGAUAUUCUGAGAAAAAAAUUGUUGGAGUGUUGAGACUUCCAGAGUUGUCAUGGGAUUUUUUUUAUAAAUAAUAUUCGUUUCAGGAAAAAAAAAGGUCAUGGUUGGGAGCAGCUGCUCCAGUUGCAACCUGAUAUAACCAAGAAUGUUGUUUCUAUUUUUAUAGAAGUUUUAUACUGCUCCAGGGUGGAGAUAUUUAUUAUCUAAAUUAUUUCACUGGAAAGGCCAGGAUUUGCAUAAUCCUGAAUAUGAUUGUUUUACACAUAUGUACAACAGUGUGCAUAAAUAAAACUACUGAUUUUCAGUGGCCUGUUUGCAGCUGGACAAACUGCUAAAUAGGAAAAUAAUUAAUGCUGUGAACCAGUGAAGGAGGAAAACUGUGCUCAAGUUUCUUUAUAGUCACUCCUUCCAGAAUCUUCUCUUUCCCUUGCCACUUCUGAAUCCCUGCCUUUGCUUUUCUUUCGUCCAUCCAUGAUAGCUUUUCCAUAAACUAUCUGCUCAGUAAUCCUUUUGUGUAAUAUCUAUAAUUUUCAUGUGCUGUUUAGAUGCAUUCAUCAUGGCCAUAGAGGCAAAUGCCUCUGGUUAAAUUUAGAUUAUAGUAUUUGUAUGUAAUUUUUCCUGUAAGGCAUUGUGAUCUGUAUUCGUGUUCUCAUCCUGAAUGAUACUGAUGCAAAAACAAAUCUUUCAAAAUUAGUCGCCCUGAGGCUGACUUUGUUGGAAAAGAGCGGGAUAAAAGCCAAAUAAAUAAUAGAUCUGAAGAAUCAGAAGUUUGAUAUAUAUUGACAAGUCCUUGUGCCUUCAGUGGUACUUCUCUGAAUUACUUUAAUUAGAAAACUUGAACCCAAAUAUGCCUUUCUUCUCAGUUUCAUUCGCUUAGUUGAUCUUGCUAUGCAUGCUUUGCAAAAAAAAAAAAGUGUUUGGAAUAGAGUUCUUCACAGAGUAAGUUUGAUCCAGUUUGUCAUGCCAUGACUCGUCCUCCCCCCCCCCACCCCAGUGUCUCCCUCCACCCCUUACUUUCCCUUUUUCAGAAUUGAACAGAUCCUUUGGCAGGCAGCCUGGAUGUUAUCUUAUUGGCUGGUACUCUGAGGCAAAUUAUAUCAGUCAUCUGUGUUUUGGCCUGUACAACAAACAGAUCAAAUUUAAAAGUGCACCUAUUUUAGUUGCUUGAUUUUUUUCAAGUCCUGAAUUUAACUUUGAAGAAAAUUUUAGACAUAUUUUAAAUCCUUUGAAGAAAUUGAUGGUGUUUGCUAAUAUGAGUGUGAAACUGCAGCAAAUAAAGGAUGACAUUAAAGUAAAAUAUGUUAUUUGGGGGCAGACAUUCAUGGGAGAAAUACUGAAAGAAUCUCUUCCCAAAGAGCUAUCUUAUUUUCAUAGAAAAUAAAUAAUUAAUUCCAUGUGGACAGCUAUGAUUGAGUUAGCCAUAUAAAGUUUUCUUUUUAACCCAAGUGUGUUUUUAUGUAGUCAUGCACAUAUUUACAAGGAUCUGCAGGAUACAAUCCACUUUUCUUCUUCUGCUUGGUGUCUCACAUGUUAUGAACAAAAAAAGUCUUAAAGACUAUAUUCAGCCUGCACAGUUAAGCCUCACUAUAUUCUCUUAUGAAACAUAUUGCUUUUUUCACUCAGCCAAGAUGAUGCUAAAAUUAUCUACCCUAUUAUGUCUUAGUCCUUGUGAACAGAUCGGUCAAAAUCCUUUAAGAAUUUACACAUAAAAAUAGAAGACUGUUUUUAGUUAAUGAGCUGUAACACCAAGCGUCUGUUUAGUUCAGGAUGGUGUAAUAUGCCUUUGACUGUAAUUAGUCUGUAGAAUCUCUGUUUAAUGCCUUCUGACGAUCCUGAGUAAAUUUACACUUGCAAGUGGUCCCAGCUCUGAAAAUCUCUGCAGACAAAAUUCCUCCCGCUCAUAUUGACAAUAGUGACUGUACAGUUUUUGAGAGUCCAGAAUUCUUUCUCUCAAAGUCAGGGAGCAGGAUUUAUUUAUUGAAAGAAUUGAAAACAUUUUCUUUCAAGUUUCAUAGUAUAAAAGGGCUCAAGCUGGGGCAAGUCUUAGCUUGCAAUCAAGUCUUAAUUCCCUCCUAUUUUAUAGGCGUUUCAGUUCCUGUAUGUGAUCUUUUUCUUGAUGCUAAAAAUCAACAACCAGCAUCUGUAUUUUCUACAUAACAGCUUGAAACAUGUAGGAUGGAUUUUUGGACCUGCUGCUGCAGAAGCACAUCCUGUAACAGGAAAGAAGAAAGUGUCUCAAAAAUUGAACCCCUUUCCCCAAAGAAUCCUUCUGUGUCUCCUGUUUCUUAAUCUCCCUGAAUGGGUGUGAGUGUGGGGUCCAUAUUUUAUGGAGAGUGGUUUUACCAGCAGGAAUUUGCAGUGGUAUCUUCCUCAAGCAGGAGCACAAGAUUGGGGUAGUAGCAAAUGCACAGCCACCUGGGUGCCAGUCAUAAUCCAAUCUAUAGCCAGUGUCUCAAGGAAAUCUCAGACCGCUGCUUUCAUUUGGUAUCUGACAGUGUAACAUUUAUUUGGUGUCUUAAUGCACUUCAACUUUUACUUGUUCAUUGUUGGCAUGUGCUGCCCUUCCCUGUCAAUUCCCCUCCCCGAGAGGUCUCAUUGUACAGUGCCCAUUCCUGUUCUUUCUCUCUCUCUGUUUGGAUGUACUGCUCUGUGUAACUCAGUGGGUCUCCUUCUUUCUGGUUUGUUUUUUUCUAGAUUCCUGCCGUUUGUUCAUCGUUGUGCCUAAAGCAUGUCGAUGUGGCGUUCAAGUACAUCGUCCAAAUCCUUGUCUCUUCAGCUUCUCUGAUGCUUGAACUCUCACCUUUUGACCUUGUGUUGACUUUUGAUGCUGACGUGUAUUUUUAUUAUGUUUGUUUUCUUUUUGUUUCUUUCCUUUUUUUGUGCUGCCAAAUUGGUUUUGCUAGAAAGACUGCUGAAGGGGAAUAUUUAAACUUGCAUUUGAAUAUAAAAGAAUUCUAUUUUUCUAGAACUUCGUAAGAUAACCACUUGAUUUUGUGAUUCUGAUUCUUUGUAAUUGUCUUCAGAGCAGCCUUGCUAGCAUACCUCGUGGAGUAUUUGUAUUUCUGUGAUCAUACAGCCAAUCACUUCUAGGCUUAGUUUUUUCUGUGUGCUUAGUUUUAAAACAGAUCUUUGAAGGAAAAAGUAAAAAGAUGCAACUUAAAACUUUCAGGAGGCUUCUAGUCACAUUUUGCUGAAUCUACUUUUUGUGCUUGAGGAGACGGCAUGUAUUCUUUGACUUGAGUAGCCUCAGCAGAAAACACUUGAACUACACUUUCUCCUGAUUGUAGCUGCAUUUUUGCCCUGGCACUUACUGUUUUUUCCUUCCUGUGUGAUUAUCAGCCUCUGUCUGCAGUGAAAGUUUAAUCAAAGUUGAUGUUGUAUUUUGUUAAGCCUUAGCAUGCUUAGUUUUUGUAACUACAAUCUCCUCAGCAAACUGUGAGAUUUUGGGUUUUGUUUUUUUUUGUUUUGUUUUUUUACAAACUCAAAUAUGCCCUUCUAAACGUUUUGCAUGUUUCCUGCUGUGUUCUUCACAAUCUCGUAAUAUAUACACCCUUCACCUCUGUUUUCUAUAGUUUGUGCAAAAACUGAGCAAUUUAAUAGGUUUCAGAGCUAUCCAUUUUUGGAUGCCAGACUUGUGGUCAUGUGUCACGUAAGGGCAUCUCCUGUGCAUUUGGACUGCUUUACACAGUAGCUGUACCUUGCUGUGUCAUCACAUCUAUGGAAAGGUCUCAGGGUAGGUGCUUCAUGCACUGUUUUGGUGGUAAUGGAGGUGGCAGGGAUAGAAGAUUGGCUGGAGGGGUGGGAUGUUCACAGUAAUGUUGCUUCUAAGAUCCAUUGGAGCUGAAGCUCUUUUGGGGUAGCCUUAAUUUGUACCUCUUGUUUAAUAGGUGGCUUGCUGUGUGAGGUUUAAUACCAUCAUAUCUAAGGAGAUGGAAGAUUGAUUGGUUCUCCUGUCUUCACACAAGUAGCAUGUUCUGUGUAUCCCAUAGAAGGGAUCUGUAAGCCUAGGCACAAAACUGCUGGCUCUUUCCCCAAGUGACAAGCACAAUAUAACAGCCUACUAGCUGUUACCUGAACAGGGUACCAACCCCAGCUCCUUUUCUCACAGGCCUUAGCUGGGGAAUCUCUCUCUGGAGAUAUUUUUGUUUGAUUUUUGUUCUUAAGUUGGGUAAGGAGUCAUGCAGGGGGGGGUCAUCCUCUUUCUGACAUGAGGAAAAAAUAGGGCAGAUCUUCCUUCUCUGGGAAGCAUGCUUUAGCCUUAGCGCACAUAAACCUAUUAUAGAAUCUGAGACUUAGUACUGAGGUUUUGCAGCACUUGCAAGAAAAUGCUGUGGUAGGUGCCUCAUCACACAACAGGGCAAAGGAGUGUGAGGAACUAGGAAGAAGCUUUGGCAGAAGGAAAGAGCAUGAAGAAUUUUUUUGGUGAGUAGGACUGUAUGGGAGACCUAUCUCUAGGCCAGGUGGAGGGCUAAUUUGUUCCACUGGUUUGGACACAAUUCUCUGCCCUAUGCUGGUGAAAAUAAUUUCUCCAUGCUUGUGAGAUGAAUAUGCAUAGUUAGCUCAGUCUUGUAAUCAUCACCUUUUUGAGAAUGAGUUGCUUGAAAAGGUUAUGGCUGCAUUAUCUGGGGGUACAGCUGUGAGAUGGUUGCUCUCAGGCUCAAGUCGCAAUGCACAGGGAUGUCAUAUGGCAGGGGACGUCCAGGCCCUGCAAUAUAUUGAAUAAUUUUGCCAAUACAUUUCUUUACAAUGCGCAUUCAGUUCCAUAAGGAGCUGCGGGGAAACCUGUGGGGAAAAAAAACUCUGGAGAAAAUCAAAAUGCCAAACAUUGGAUGUUCCUUUUCUUUCUUCUUUCCUUUCUUACUUUGGUUGUUUUAAUUAUUCUGUGGUGGUUUUAAUGGAUUUGAGACAGUAAAGCAGCAGCUGCCUUUUAUUUCUGGCUGCUUUUUGUGAAUAAUUUAAAAAAAGAAAAUUUACAUUUUGGAAACCUGUGGGCUUUUUUAUUGGUACAAACAUAUUUAACACUAGGGGUUUUGUACAGUUUUUUGCCUUUUCUACUAGAAAACAAUGUAAAGUGAUUCACAAAUGUGACAAGAAAACAAAUUGCCACUAUGACCAAAUGUAGAGUCUGUUCUGCAGUGACAGGAUUUAAUCAACUCAGUCGUGAUUCUGUUGUAGCAAAGCUUUUCUUUACCUUGUUUGAAUUGUUCCUUUUUCUUGUUUAAUUUGCAAACGAAAAUGUCUUUUUUGUGUGAAAUUGUGUUGUACUCUGUAGAAAAAUUAUGGAUUUUACUUUAAUGGUUUAAAAUAACAGAAGCAUAUGUUGCUUUUCUGAUCACGGAAUUUGUGUAGUGGAUUUAAAAAUGAAAGUUUUGUUACAAGUUUGGAACGAGCGAGUAUGUAUUAAGGAAUUUUUUUCCUUUGUGUGUGAUUUCUUUUUGUCCCACUGGGGAACUUAAAGCUGUUUUAAUUGCACAGACACACCGACAAGAAGUCAUUUUGUAUAUGCCAAGUGUGGUACCUCCCUUUGUUUAUUUGCUAUUAAACUGUUUGAGAAGAA